AUGCGUAAGAACGGUCUCAUCGUCAACGUCUCAUCUCAAUCUGGCCAGCUCAAAUACUUCCAUCCUCGCUUACGGGCGCGAUUCUUAAGUCCUGACCUCACUCUCACCGAAUUGGACGCUCUAGUCGGCGAGUACAGCACCAACACACUGCGAUUGCUUCGGGCUGGCCCCCCCUUAGCCUACUCCACAAGCAAGGCUGCUUUGAACGCAGCGACGCGGAUUUUGGCCCGCGAAAAUCCUCGUCUGCUGAUUAAUUGCUGCUGCCCCGGGUGGGUAGGUACGCUGUUGGGUGCACAGGCAGGCCAGCCGCCCAAGUCUGUCGGUAAGUGUGGAGUUAUACUCAUCCGGGACCUGUCACUUACCAUCUCGACAGAGGACGGAGCUAGGAUCCCGCUGCGACUGGCGAUUGGUGAUAUCGGACAGGUUAGUGGGCGAUACUGGGCGAAUGAUUCGGUGGCGAGUACUGGCGAUUGA